CAGUCUCGUUAACUCCGAGAAUCUCACCGGUGUUUCUAUAUCGCUUCAUAUAUACAUAUACACCCUUUGUGUAUCUCUAUAUUCAAAAUCUGAAAACCCUAAUUUUUUGUCUGAAAAUCUUUGUUAUGAGUGUUGUGAUUGCAUUUUUGAAAUCAGAAGGGAAUAAAAUUUUGCAGGAAUGGCGGAAAUGACGACGACGAAGCGAUUCAGUAUAGGUUACGGGCUGUUAAUGAAGAAACAGAAGAGUUUUAUCCAGGAUUCUUUGGUGAAUUUAGCGAAAGAACGCGGUAUCGAUCUUAUCAAGAUCGACACCGACAAGCCGUUGGUGGAUCAAGGUCCUUUUGAUUGUGUGCUUCAUAAGUUGUACGGGGAAGAAUGGAGGAAACAACUCCGGGAAUACUUGGUUUAUAACCCUAACGCUAUUGUAGUCGACUUUCCGGAUGCAAUCGAGCGGCUACACAACCGGAUUUCGAUGCUCGACGUUGUGUCGGAAAUUGAAGAGGUGAAAAGCGAUGAGAUGGCGUCGUUUGGGAUACCGAAACAGAUUGUGAUAUACGAGCCGGAGAAGUUGAAAGAGGCGAAGACGUGGGGCGAGGGUUUGAAGUUUCCGGUGAUUGCAAAACCCUUGGUGGCGGACGGGAGCGCAAAAUCGCAUAAGAUGUUGUUGAUUUUCAGUAGCGAGGGUUUUGAUAAACUGAAACCCCCUACUGUUCUGCAGGAGUUUGUGAACCACGGCGGGGUUAUCUUCAAAGUGUAUGUCGUCGGGAAGUAUGUGAAAUGCGUGAAACGGAAAUCGUUGCCGGACAUUGCAGAAGAGAAAUUGGAGAGUUUGCAUGGUUCUUUAUCAUUCUCUCAGGUUUCUAACCUGACUUCACAUGACAGAAACGAUGAUAAGUACUAUAAGAGGAUGGAUUUGGAAGAUGCAGAGAUGCCACCGAUGAGUCUGAUAACCAACAUUGCUCGUGGAUUGCGUAAGGCAAUGAAACUCCACCUCUUCAAUUUCGAUGUCAUCAGGGAUACCAAAGUUGGGAACAGAUACCUUGUUAUCGACAUCAACUACUUCCCUGGAUACGCAAAGAUGCCUGGUUAUGAAUCUGUUCUUACUGAUUUCUUCUGGGAUGUGUUGAACAAGAAAGAAGCUAGAUCUUUCAACAGCGACAAAGAGUUAAUGAAGUUGGUGGGCAACAAUGGUGCAGGGUCUGAUAAUGAAUCUUCUGCAUAACAAAAGAAGAACCAAGAAAGAUCUGAUGAUAUGCUCAAGGAGAUGAAGAUCAGUUCUGUUCAAAAACAAAAGGAUUUUUGCGGGUCAAAUGGACCGUUGUCAAACUCUUCUCCGAUUGGUCGUCUCACCCCGUCUUCGGACUCACACCACAACCAGAGCACUGGCCUCGUGUCUUUUGUUGUGCCACAUCAGAUUCUCACGCAUGGAAAAGCUUCCACUCCGAUUAGCCUUAGACCAUCUCCAACUCAUCUCCAUUUUCCCCCAUAAAUGGAGUAAAUAGUGUUUCAUCUACAACCUUACUUUAUUUUCUACCCCAUUUUUUACCCCAAAAAAUAUAUUCCUAGAAUAUUCCAUUUUUAUAACUUAUAUAUAUAUAUAUAUAUAUAUAUAUAUAUAUAUAUAUAUAUAUAUAUAUAUAUAUAUAUAUAUAUAUAUAUAUAUAUAUUGUCAAAUACACCCCUCUACUAAUUAAACUUAUAUUUAUACAUUUUUAAUUAGUAGGUUGAAGAAAUGAAGUUUGGGGGUGGGUUGGAGAUGCUCUCAUUCUCCAUUUUCCCCAUUUCUUCACGCAUUCUUCUCCAACCCUCCCCCAUUUUGGGGGAUAUGAAUAGUAUUACACCAAAUAUGGUGUUAUAGUAUUCAUUUCUCCUAGAAUGGAGAUGAACUUUACGUUGUCGAUUUUAGUCCCUCUGUUAUAUAUUUAUACAUUUUUAGUUUAUUUUUAUCUACUAAUUAUAAUUUAAAUAUAGUAUUUAAUACUUAUAAUAUUUUGUUAUAUAUUAAAUUAUAUUAAUUAAUUAUAAAUAUAAAGUUUGUUUUUUGUUCAUCAAAUUUAUAUAAAAAUUUAAAUACAUAUUGACGUUUUAAAAACGAUAACGUAUUUUACAAAAACUUAUAAUUAAAAUAUAUAUUACAAACAUGAUAACAUAUGCUAUUAAACAUAUAGUUAACCUAUAUAUUACAAUAAUAAUCUAAUAAAAACCAACAAGUGACAAUACUAUUAUUUAUUUAUUUAAUAUUUAUUUAAAAGUAUGUAUGUGUAAUAUUUUUAUAAAUGCAUGUAUAAUAUGUAUUUAUAAGUUUAUUAUAAAUAAUUUUUUGUAUUUAAUAUUAAUCUAAUGAAAAAUAUAUAGAUUAUAUAUUUGUUAAAACUAAAUUAGUAGAGGGGUGUGUUUGACAAUCUAUAUAAGUUGGAGUAAUGGAAUAUAUUAAGAAUAUACUUUUUAGGGGUAAAAAUGGGAUAAAAAUGAAGUAGGGUUGAAGAUCAAACACUAUUUGCCUUAUUUUUUACUCAAUUUUUAGAAGGAAAAAUAAAAAUAGGUUAGAGAUUGUCUUAAUGUGGACAAAAUAAUUAUUCAAAUUAAUGAUUUUCAAUUUAGUUC